AUGCACUGCUACAAUGAGGGUGAGUUCGCCGCAAUCCGGAGCGCAUUCGGGGUCCCUCCGGACUUUCUCGCCAAGUUUGAUUUCGGCGGGAUGUCGGAGGGGGGCGGCAAGGGCGGGCAGCUGAUGGGGUUCACCGCGGACCGCGCGUGCAUCGUGAAGGAACUCAACGCAACGGACCACAGCGUGCUGCUCGGCCUGGCGGGGAAAUACAGGCUGCACAUCAUCGGUGACGAUCCGAGCCAGCCGAGCCAGAGCCUCCUGUGUCGCUUUUUUGCUCACUUUCAGGACCCGGAGACGCACCGCAACUACGCGGCGAUGAACAACUGGCUGCCUCCAGACGCCCUUGCAGCGCUGGAGCUGAGCGAGGGAGAGGAGAAGGCGGUGCGGAGCGAGCUGGCCAGUGCCUUCGAGUCCUACGACCUCAAAGGGUCCGCCGACGACAAGACGCUCACGCUCGACGGGCGGCGGGUGCAAGAGGUGCACAAGCGCAUCUGGAACGUCUGCCUGUGGGGCGGCAAGUGUUUCUGGUCGCCGGAGCGAAUCGAAUACUGGAACGGGAAGCAGCACGCGAGUACGGUCAAGUUUCGGGUGACGGCGCAGCAGAAGCAGUGGGUCAUGCGCGCCGUGCGGUACGACUGCGAGUGGCUCGCGGCGCGAGGGCUGAUGGACUACUCGCUCAUCCUCGGCGUCAAGCGGCUGCCCGCCUCUCGCACGGCCAUCGCGCUGGCGCUGCAGCGCACAACCGACCGGCAUACCCAGCCGCUGGCGUGCGCCGCGGACGGCGAGGUGCAGCUGCUUUACCUCGGUUUCAUCGACUGGCUGCAGAACUGGACUUGCGCCAAGACAGUCGCGAGGUGUAUCAAGACGCUCGAGAGGAACAAGUCGACGGAGCCGCCAGGGUACUACGCCGAGCGCUGCAUCAGCUACCUGGAGGCAAAGUUCGUGCCGACCGCGUGCGACCCCGGGGUCGAUGCCGCUGAAGCGCAGGACGACACGGGCAGCGCGGAGCAGUGA